AUGAGACAGGCCUGCAGCCUCUUAAUCCUACUCGCUCUGCUGUUCCCCGCGUCCGCCCAUGCUGGAGCUUCAUGGAGUGAGAUUGUGGGGGGGCAUGAAGCCAAGCCCCACUCCAGACCCUACAUGGCCUAUCUGAAGAGGACCACCUUGGAUUUCUGCGGGGGAUUUCUGGUGGACCCAGGCUGGGUGAUGACGGCUGCUCACUGCAGGGGGAACCUGACAGUCACCUUAGGCGCUCACAAUAUCCACAAGCAAGAGAACUCCCAGCAAACGUUUGAGGUUCAAAGCUAUCACCCGCACCCCGCCUACAAAGAACGUCCUAGAGUCAAUGACAUCCUUUUGCUGAAGCUGAAGAGGAAAGCCAAACUAAACAAAUACGUCCGUGUCAUUCACCUGCCCAAGGCCAACAGAAAUGUCGCCCCAUGGAGCCAGUGCAGCACAGCUGGAUGGGGUUUUAUCGACCAGGGAAAAACCACCGACAAGCUCUUUGAGACCAACGUCACCAUCCGGCCACCAAAGCAAUGCCGCUCUUUGAACCCCGGGAUAACUAACGGCAUAAUCUGUGCAGUGAGCGAACAGUGGGUCAAGGACUGCAGCCAGGGGGAUGAUGGUGGCCCUCUAGUCUGCAAAGGGACAGCACAAGGAAUCUUCUCCUAUGAUUUCAAACGCCCUCCUGGCUUUUACACUCGCAUUGCCUCCUACCUUCCCUGGAUUGAGAAAACCAUGCAGUAA